CUUAUAUCUAUGUUUUUCUAUAUAAGUAAAUGCCAAUUUGCCUCCUUCCACUAGCCGACUUCUCUUUGCAUGCGUAUUGAAGAAAUCCCCUUCUUUUUCUUCCCCCAGCUAAAGAGAAUUUUGUUUCUGCUCACCGCCUCUAUCCUUUAAAAAGUCCAAGUUCCUCUCUCCAUUCGAAUCUCAAGUUAGUAUGAUAUGCUCGGUUGGUCUCACUUCGAAGUUCAGUUGACGCAGUAGUUCGUGUUCUAGUCGAUCUAAGAGCGGAAGAGAUGGGAAUCGUUUUGUCUCUUGGCGGGGCUGGCUCGAGGUGUUGCAUGGGAAUUGCCAUGAAGAAGCGCCCGAAAGUCCUGCAGAUCGUGAAGCCCGACUGUAAGAUAUUGGAGUACAGCAGCCCGAUCCUUGUCAGGGAUGUUCCAAUGAGCAUUGCGGCCUCAGGUAUUGGAAUAGGGAAGGGAAGUUCACAGCAUCUGCCUCCUGACUAUGAGCUGCAGAUCGGAGAGGUCUACUACGUCUUGCCCCCUCGGAGGCCUCCUGAUGGGACCGAACCGGAACCUGCAAGGAGGAUCAAGGUGGUUAUAACGAAGCAGCAACUUCAGCUUUUACUGGCUCGACAGGUAUCAGUGCAGGAAUUGAUGGCGGGUCUCGAUAACAAGAAGACUCUGUACCGUGGAGCUGAAGAUGGUUUGGCCCUGGCUUGGAGGCCCAACCUUGAAACCAUAGUGGAAGGAGUCGACUAGGGUUGGAUUAUGUUGUACCGGAGAAUAGAAUACAUGCGAAAAUCAAGGAAGAGUAGCUGCAUGUUACAUGUCAAAUUGUAAUAUCCUUAGAAAAAGCUCGAUCAUUUCCUUCCGGUAGACAGAACAUGUGUAGAAUAUCCUGCAAUGCAGUGCUAAUACCAGCGAUAGUUUCUAGCUUCCA